AUGUCAUUGAUUCAAAACAGAAAGAGGCCAAGAGGUUUCAGCGAAACCUUCGACCUGUCCCGCAAAGCUGCUGCAUCUGACGGCGUCUCUAACGCCUCCACGGCUCAACUGACAAAGGCCUUCGAUAAUAUCUCGUCGCUGUCCAGUUCCACGUUCAACGAAUCACCGAAUUUGAACCUCAACAUGAGCUUGAUCAGUUCCGACUCCACUGUGGGUCAGGACGGAGCAAAGAAUUUAUAUGUUGUUGGAGACGCUGAUGGUGAUGACUUGUUAGAAGCCGACGAGGACUUGUAUGGAGAGAAUGAUGAUGUUUUUGACGAAAAUGAUGAUGUGGUCUUCCUUGAAGAACGCAAAAUCAAGCCCCCCAUGCGUGGCAGACAGCACCGCAACAACUCCGACCUGGUGAUUCUCUUGGAUCGUGACGUGUGGGAAGCAUACAACAUGUUCAAUGUCAACAAUAACCUGGUUGAACCUCAUCUGUUUGAGAUCCCUCACCACGACAAUACGGGUGCUAAAAAACAGCGGACCAAUUCACUUCCGCAGUUGCCUCAGGCCAAGUGCUUUUACCAAAAGAUCCCAAACAACUACAUUCACCAGCAGUCGAAGGUGGGCAACAUCAAGACGCAUGUUAUUCCUCAUAAGCUAAACUUGCCUCCUUGUGAUGAUGAAGAUGGUCAUUACAUCAUCAAGAUCAAUGAUAUCUUUGCCAAUAGGUUUGUUAUUCAAAAGCUCCUCGGUCAAGGAACCUUUGGCAAGGUUGUAGCAUGUUAUGAUAAGAUCAACCGCGAGACGGUGGCUAUCAAGAUCAUCAGAAACAUUCCCAAGUACAGGGACGCGGCUAAAAUCGAGCUACGAGUUCUCACAACGCUAAAGAAGUUUGACAAUGAAAAUCGAAACCACUGCAUCCAUUUGCGAGAAUGCUUUGAUUUCAGGGGCCAUAUUUGUAUUGUGACUGACUUGUUGAAGAUCUCUUUGUAUGACUUCAUGGAGAACAAUAAGUUCAUUCCGUACCCUGGCUCUCACAUUCAAGCUAUCUCCAAGCAAUUGAUUCGGUCUGUGACGUAUUUGCAUGACUUGAACUUGAUUCACACCGAUCUCAAGCCUGAAAACAUCUUAUUACACGAGGAUAGCUUUCAACGCAAACAGAUACGAAGCAGCACGAUAAUUUCAAGUUAUCUGAAUUUGAAUGUGGGCACCGACAAGCGCAGACCCGAAAAGUUACCUAAGUACCUGAAGGUAUUAGAUAAUCCGUUGAUUCAGAUCAUCGAUUUUGGCUCGGCUAUUUUUGACGACGAGUACCACUCGUCUAUUGUCUCGACACGGCAUUACAGGGCGCCUGAAAUUGUUUUGGGUGUGGGUUGGUCGUUCCCCUGCGACAUGUGGUCAGUUGGGUGUAUUCUAGUAGAAUUGGUGAUAGGGGAGCCGGUCUUCCGUACCCAUGAUAACUUAGAGCACUUGGCGAUGAUUGAGAAGAUUGUUGGACAAAAAAUUGAUAAGGAUAUGGUUCGGUUCUCGAAGCAGAAGGAGAACGAGUGCGGGUUAAAGUAUUUCACCAACGAAUAUCGUCGGCCUUACGAUAAUAGUGACGACGAAGAUUUCGAUGAAGAGGACGAUGGCGACGUCAUCAUAGAUGAUGAAUCGACUGAGGACAAUUCGUUGUCGUUGAUAUUCCCUACACAGUCAACGCCGGAGAAGUUUGUUCGCAGUGUCGAGCAACUUUCGAGGAUUGACUUGUUCAUUAGUGAACGUAUUGGGCUUAAAAUCAACUUUGACUAUUCAUUGAGUGAAAACUUUCAGAAUAACCUGCACUUGAUUAACUUUGGCAACUUUACGUUCUGGUGGUUCUUCAUUGAUCUUCUACGAAAGUUAUUUGUGAUUAAUCCGAACGAUCGGAUCACAGCCUUGGAAGCGUUGGAGCAUCCAUGGUUUAACUUGGGGAUCGAAGAUGAGGGUACCAUCUGA